AUGGAUGAGAAAUGUUCAAAUAUUGAUUAUCUAAAUUAUUUUAAAACACUUGAACAAAAACGUCAAUAUGAACAUCUUCAAUGUGAACAAGCAAGACGUAUAAAACAACAAGAAUUAUGGUUUUCAAUAGAUAAUAGAGAGAAUAUUGAAAAUGAAAAUUCAUUAUCAAUAAAUUUAGCUCAAAAAGAAAUCUAUCAAAAUAUUUCAAUUAUUAUUCCAGAUUUACCAUCAAUUGAUGAAAUUCAAAUAUUUGAUUCUCAAAUAAUAAAUCAAGAUUCUAUUCAAACAAUAAAAAUUUUAAAUGACAAUUCAAAUAUUUUACCAAAUGGACUUUAUGAACAUUUAUUAAUUUGUUUACAUCCUCUAUUUAAUGAACGACUCGAUUAUUAUAAUUUAACAAUUGGACGAACUAUAGAUAAAAAUUUAAUUAAAAUCGAACGAUUUAAUGAACAAAAUCAAAUUCAUCUUACAAUUAAUAAUAAUUUACUCGAGCGUAUACAAAAUAUUCUCAUACACAAUCUUUUCUCAAUCUAUUCUACGAAAAAUCUCCGAAUAGAAACAUGA